AUCUAUAGCAAGAUCAUUGGGUGAGAUUGGAGUAGUCGUUGGGUUGGACUAUAAUCCGAAGUGCUAUAAAUAAUACCAAGCCACUCAUAACUGUAAACACGCAGAGAGAAAAUGUUGAAAAAAGUUGCAGUCGUGACCGGUGGUAAUAAAGGCAUUGGAUUUGCAAUUGUGAAAGAGCUCUGCAAAGCGAAGUUUCCCGGGGACGUGAUCCUUACUGCCCGAAAUGAGAAACUUGGGAAAGAGGCCGUGGAAUUGCUGAAGUCCGAGGGAUUUCAGGCAACUUUCCAACAUCUGGACAUCUGUGAUCAAGGAAGUGCUGUGAAACUUCGUGACUUUCUGCAGACCACUUACGGAGGAUUGGAUGUGCUCGUCAACAACGCGGGGAUUGCUUUUAAAAAUGACGCAACGGAACCGUUUGGGGAGCAGGCUGAAGUUACCAUGCGGACUAACUUUUGGGGAACGUUGUGGGUGUCCCACGCCCUUCUUCCUAUCCUCAGACCCAACGCUAGGGUGAUCAACAUAUCCAGCUUCGUCAGCAAGCGGGCCCUUGAUCAAUGUAGCCCUCAACUUCAAGCCAAGUUUAGAGACCCGAAGUUGUCUGAGGAGGACCUGUGCGGUCUGAUGGGGGAGUUUGUAACGGCAGCUCAGAAGGGUAGCCAUCAAGCGGAAGGGUGGCCGAACACCGCUUAUGGCACAACGAAGAUCGGAGUGACUGUGCUGUCGAUGAUCCAGGCACGCGAACUAACCAAUACGAGGGCCGGAGAUGGAAUCCUUCUCAACGCCUGUUGCCCAGGGUGGGUCCGCACUGACAUGGCUGGCGACAAAGCCCCCAAGAGCCCCGAGGAGGGGGCCCAGACCCCCACCUACCUGGCCCUGCUCCCAGUGGGGGCCAAGGAACCCCACGGGCAGCUGGUGUGGGACAAGGUCGUCCGGGAGUGGUAGGGGCAUACACGGCAGAUAAUCAUUUGAAUCGUGAUCCUUAUUGAUUGACCUUGUGGAUAUCACACAUCAGAAGCCAUCCGUUGAUUCCAUCGUUGAUAUGCUUUUUUUGUAUUAGGGUAGACGCACACAGCCUAGCCUGUUAAUUUUGACAAUGUUCAUAUUUUAAGCGACUUCUCUCUUGGAAGUUGCUUUGGAUACAAGCGUCUGCUAAAUGGAUAAAUGUAUAUGUACCUACCGGGUACCACUGUAGCCUACAGUAAGGUGUUAGAGGAAACAUUGGCCGUGUGGUUUCAUUCCUGCAUGACUUCCAUCUCAGGACGGUGACAUUCCAAAAAGCCUUAAAAUUGUCCUCUGAAUGUGUUGAUGUACCAUGUUUUGAUGUUUUUGAAGACAUUCCACAAUAAACAGCUUUUAACGGUG